GGGGCCGCCAUUUUGUGUCAGGGCUGGCGGGAAAGGCGGGAAAGAAGGCAGCGGGCAGGCGGCGGGCAGGUACUGAGCGCAGCCCCAGCGCGGCCGCCGCCGCGCACCACACGCCUUUCAGCGGCCUCGAACGCAGCCCCUGAGGAGCGGGCAGCAUGGCCCGCACCAAGCAGACGGCCCGCAAGUCCACGGGCGGUAAAGCACCGCGCAAGCAGCUGGCCACCAAGGCGGCCCGCAAGAGCGCCCCGUCCACCGGCGGCGUCAAAAAGCCGCACCGAUACCGGCCCGGCACUGUGGCGCUGAGGGAGAUCCGGCGGUACCAGAAAUCCACAGAGCUGCUGAUCCGCAAGCUGCCCUUCCAGCGCCUGGUGCGUGAGAUCGCCCAGGACUUCAAGACUGAUCUGCGCUUCCAGAGCGCCGCCAUCGGAGCACUGCAGGAGGCGAGCGAGGCGUACCUGGUGGGGCUGUUUGAGGACACCAACCUGUGCGCCAUCCACGCCAAGCGUGUCACCAUCAUGCCCAAGGACAUCCAGCUGGCACGGCGCAUCCGCGGCGAGCGUGCCUGAGGGGUCAGGCCCCAAACCCGCCCCAUAUCCACACUUGGGGGGGUCAGACCCCAAACCCGCCCCAUAUCCACACCUGGGGGGGGUCAGACCCCAAACCCGCCCCAUAUCCACACCU